AUGGCAAUUUUUUAUUUUCUUUCUUUCUUUUCUUAUUUUCUUUCUUUUCUUUCUUUUUUUUUUUCUUUUUUCUCAAUCAUUUUUCAUUCGUCGUUUUUUUUAAUUUUUUUUCUUUUUUUUUAUUACAGCUUUUUUUUUAUUUUCAAAACUUUCGUCCUUUUCUUAAUUUCUUCCUUUUUUUUUUUUUUAUUUCUUUGUCUCAAUUUCAACAUGUCUCUUUCUUUCUUUAUUUUUCUUUUAAAAUUUCUUUCCCCUUUCUUUCUUUUUUUUCUUUUCUUUCUUUCUUUUUUCCAAAAUUUUCAGCGGAAUACAUUCCUUCUAAUUUUUUUUUAUUUUUCUUUAAAAUAUAUAUUUAAAUUUUGUCAGUUUUCUUCUUUUCUCUUCGAUUUAACUUGUCGUCCUUUUCUUAAUUUUUUCUCUCUUCCUUUUUUUUUCUUACGUGGUGUGUGUGUAUCAAAGUCUUUUCAUCAAUCUAUCUUAUUUAUAAAUUAUAUCUAUCUAUCUAUCUAUCUAUCUAUCACAUCAAGUUUUUUCGAAAAUAUCUAUCUAUCUAUCUAUCAUUCUAUCUAUAUCUAUCUAUUAUCUAUUUUAACAAAAAUUUUCGUGUCUGCCUGUCUGUCUAUCUAUCUAUCUAUUUAUCUAAUUAAAAUUUUAAAAAAAUGUCUAUCUAUCAGUCAGCCGAUAAAAUAUCUAUCUAUCUAUUUAUCUAUCUAUCUAUCUAUCUAUCUAUCUAAAAAUGUCUGUUGUUUGGCAUAUCUAUCUAUGUAUGUCAAGAACAGUCUAGGAAGAAAUUCUAUCGUCACAUUAUCUAUCUAUCUAUCUAUAUAUCUAUCUAUCUAUCCGAUUCUGGGAAUAUCUAAAUAUGUAUUUAUCUAUCCCAGUUUAUUCAUAUCUAUCAAUUUAUCAGAAUAUUUGAUUCUAUUCAUAUCUAUCUAUUUUUUUUAUUAUCUAUCUAUCUAUCUAUCUAUCUGA